CCGAGUUCCGGUUACCUCAUCCGCCCUCCUUCGCUCUGAAAACUCAAGAUGGCGCAGGAAUUCGUCCAGGCUAAAAUCAAAGGAGACAAAGUAGUCUUGUUUAUUAAGCCAACAUGCCCGUACUGUAUCACAGCCAAUGAUGUUUUGUCCAAAUACAAGUUCAAGCCAGGACAUCUGGAGUGUAUUGACAUCAGUGCGCGACAAGACAUGAGCAGCAUGCAGGACUACUUCCUGGAACUCACCGGCGCCCGCACCGUCCCAAGAGUGUUCAUCGGAGAGGAUUGUAUUGGCGGUGGCAGUGACGUGGCGGCUCUGCAUAAGAGUGGGAAACUGGAGGGAAUGCUGCAAUCCAUCGGGGCUCUGCAGUGAUCCACACUAAAAUAUCAGGUGACAUCACAUGACCAAGCAGCGGGACUUGCGUAAUUUGCGUCGCCGUUGCUGGUACUCGCUGAGUUCCUGCAAAUAUCCUCGAGACGGCCAACGCAGCCUCUCCACCUGCUCACGCUCUUCUUCUGAAACACACACACAGUACUGUAAAAUCUCACUUCCAUGUUGCUGUAUCAAAACAGAAAGGCACAGAUUAAUUUCCGCUCCUAUACUCUUUCUUGGCCUUUGAAUUUGUCUUGUGCCUUCCACUUCCCGUCCAAAGAUUAAAAAACUAAGCUUGUGUGUAAAAGGGAUAAUAAUAAAAUAUGUACCACUGGGUAUUCACUGCA